CCACAUAUUCAGCAAGCAAAGCAAAGAACUUCCCUUGCACCACCACCUGAUCGGAGAAGUAGCUAGCUGCAGGAGAGAAACCGACCAACAAUGACGGAGUACUACUCCAGCACCGUGGACGAGUGCUACGAGACCACCGGCAGGCAGCACGGCCACGGGCACGGCCACGGUCACGGGCACGGGCACGGGCAUGGUGGCAUGAGGGUGGAGUCCCACACCGACGACUACUACAGCGAGGGCGGCGAGAUCGACCGUGGGAGGAGGAACAACUCCAUGCACUCGCAGGAGUACCUGAUGAGGCAGCAGAGCGGCCAUGGCGGCUACGGCUACGGCGGCGGCCAGCAGCAGGAGUACUACAAGCGGGAGGAGCGCGAGCACAAGCAGCGCGAGCGCGUCGGCGAGAUCGGCGCCCUCGCCAGCGGCGCCUUCGCUCUCUAUGAGGGGCACCAGGCGAAGAAGGACCCGGCGAACGCGCAGAGGCACAGGAUCGAGCAGGGCGUGGCGGCGGUGGCGGCGGUGGGCGCCGGCGGCUACGCCUACCACGAGCACCGCGAGCAGAAGCAGGCCAGCUACGGCGCCAAGGAGCAGCAGUACGGCUACGCCAGGAUGCCGCAGCAGCAGGGCUACUACUGCAACUGAUUAAUUAUUAAUCACCCCCAAAUUAUUAAUAAUCCAUGCGUACGUACGUACCACUAAAUAAAUACUGGCUACUACGUACGUAUAUAUACGGUACAAUAAGAUGAGCAAGGAUGUACGUACGUACACGUAUAUACGUUGCUCACCCACAAUUUCGCCGCCGCGGCCGCGCGCCUUAUUCCAAACCAGUGUAUGUGUGUACGUACAUCUAUAUAUGUACUGUGAUUUCUGUAAACGUGUGGCCAUCGGAUCGAUGAAUUCUACCGUGAUGAUAGAAACUGCUUCCUCGUA